AUGGCCUCCAUGCUUUGGAGCUGUGUGACUGACUUCUUCACCUACGAGACCACCAAGUCUGUGGUGGUGAAGAGCUGGUCUGUGGGGAUCGUCAACCGUAUUGUGCAGCUGCUCAUCAUCAUCUACUUUGUGGGCUGGGUCUUCAUCCAUGAAAAAGCCUACCAGGUGAUCGACACGGGUAUUGAGUCAGCUGUCAUGACCAAAGUCAAGGGUUUUGGUUACCAUGACAAUCAAACAAUGGACGUGGCCGAUUAUGUCUCCCCUCCACAGGGUGCAGCUGUGUUCUGUAUCAUUACCAAGCUCAUCGUCACGAAGAACCAGCACCAGGGAAGAUGUGCAGAGACUCAUGGCUUGUAUAAGUGUGACACUGAUGUGGACUGCCAGAGAAAAUUUGGUGCUAACUUGGGAAAUGGGGCAAUAACAGGUGUUUGUCUAAAAUCUUCCAAUAAUGGGACCUGUGAGAUUCAGGGCUGGUGUCCAACUGAGAACGACCAAGUUAAAAGGAAACCAAUGCUGGACGUGAAAAACUUCACCAUCUUCAUUAAGAACAGUAUUCGUUUCCCCCUCUUCGAUGUCACCAGAGGGAACUUCCCCCAACAUAUGACUCGGGAACAGAUCAAGAGCUGCAAAUACCAUCCGGUGGACAACCCUCUCUGCCCCAUCUUUCUUGUGGGGGACGUGCUGAACUACACCGGGCAAGACGUGGCUUCCCUUGCUGAGGAGGGUGGGGAGAUAGGAAUAAACAUUGAGUGGAAGUGUAACCUGGACUUCGACAUUGAAAAGUGUCAGCCAAAGUACUCUUUCACCAGACUGGACGCCCCAUUUGCCAAGAAUAAGAUCUCAAAGGGAUAUAACUUCAGGUUCGCCAAAUAUUUCAAGCACGAGAACGGGAUUGAGUACCGAACGCUCCACAAGGCCAUCGCCAUACGCUUUGACAUUAUGGUCACUGGCAACGCAGGGAAGUUUAAUACUAUUCCAACGCUCAUCAACCUGGUGGCUGCCUUCACUUCUGUUGGACUGGGCACGGUGCUGUGUGACAUCAUCCUCCUGAACUUCCUCAAAGGAGCCGACCAAUACAAAGCCAAGAAGUUUGAAGAGGUCUCAAAGGCCCAGAUAGAGGAAUCCCUGGCUCAGAAACAAGGCAGCCAGCUGUCAAUCACACCAGCCAUGAAGUGCUCCUACGACUCCGGUGCCCUCUCCCUCUCUCCCGAACAAGCCGUUUGA